AUGAAUCGGUCCUCACAGAGGCUGCCUGCGGGGACCAGCCCGCUGCAGACAGGACAUGACACGAGCUUUGCCCUCUUGGAUCUGCAGCAGAAACGCAGAGAAGCAGAUUUGCUGGACGAAAAGCUCAAGGAGCGCAAACAGAAAUUGGAGAACUUACAGCAGUGUGCAGAUGAGUUGGAGGAAGAGAUAAAGAAAGCAAAGGAGUUGUUCUUCAGUCGUGAUAUGUUGCUGAAGGUACAGGAGAGGAAAGAGGAGAUUCGGGUGCAGGAGGAUCUGGAGAGGUUAAAGGUGGAGUGUGCCACACUGAGGGAGACAAAUGAGUAGCUGAAGAGUCAGGUGGACAGACUCGCUAUGUCUAAGAAAUUCCUGGAACAAGUGGUCAAAAUGACGAAGUUUGAUGAUAUAGAGGCACUCAUGGCUCAUUGUGAGAAUCUUCUCCACUUUCGAGACCAACUCUAUCGGAGGGAGAGUGAGGCGCUGGAGCAGGUCGACCAGGAGAGAAAAGCACUGCUGACACUGGAAGACAAGCAUCACUUCCUGCGGCUGCACAAGAACAACCAGCUGUCCAAGCUCUAGACCGAGCUGGAGGAGACACACUCCGAAGCUCCCACAUGGGAGAGAAAGUGGAACCACAUUCAGGAAACGGCAGCAAAGAAGACACUCCGACUGGGACAGAUCAAGAUAGCCACUCUCAACCUCUUUGAAAUGAUAGAUGACAAGGUAAAAGACGAGGAAACUGUGGAUAUAAACGACACGGAGAAACAGCUGGACCAGCUCAAGAUGUUCAUCCAGGACCAUCAGGACAUGUUGAAUAAACAUCAAACUCGCUCACAGAGACUUGAUGGACAGAAAAAAGACAAGCGUGUUGUAAUUCACAGUGAAAAAAAACAUAGUUAGAAAUGCCUUAAACAUACCUUUCCCUGCUGCUUUAAAACUGAACAAGUAUUGAAUAAACUCUGCAAUUUAAAUGAACCAUGAACUUGAAGACAGUAACCCUCAAUAAACUGACACUGAGGUCAAACAACAACUGAUUAAUCCUCCUGCUUUGCCACUUACAGUAGUAAAACUAGAGACAUGUUUAUACUGCAUGCUGGGAAGUAUGCUAAGAGCCGGCCAAUAUUUCUCAAAAAACUUAUUACGUCAUUGUAAUUAGCAUGGCUUGAUUAUUUGAGCUUGACUCAUUUUAAGCUCUGAAAUAGUUCUGACAGUAGGAACUAUAUUUGAGGAUGACUCAUUUAACCAGUGGUGGAAUGUAACUAAGUACAUUUACUCAAGUAUUGCUUACACUUUAGAUAAAAAACAAACAAUAUGUUUGUACUGUAUACUAUAUGAUAUGAUGUAGAGCUCUACUACUAAUUAUAGUAGUAGGUAGCAGUUAGUCUUCCUGGGGUCCACAAACAAAAAAUAUAAUACAAAACACAUUAAAAUGCUCUAAGAUAUAUUUUUAGUGAUAAAAACAGAAUAAUAUAAUGUUCUAUAACAAUAUAACACUGUGGAAGAAACUGAUCUGUAUAAUGAGUACUUUUACUUCUCAUAUUUUAAGUACAUCUUGCUGAUAAUACUUAUCUACUUUUUAUAAGUAACAUUUUGAAUCCAGUACUGUAAUUUGUAAUUUAGUAUUUUUAGGAUUAAGGCAUUUCUGGUCAGGUAAAUAUUUUGGUGCUUCUUCCACAUCUGAUAAAUACAUAUCUAGCAGCAAUAUCAGAUAACUUUUACUGUUGGUGGUUUAAUCCUCACCUCCUCUUGUCUACAUCACAAGUGAAUGAAAUGUAGAACAUUGAUCAUUCAAAACACGAGGUCCUGUACUGCCACCUCGUGGCCGUUAAAGAAAACCGCAACUAGUAAACAAUGAAACUCCCUGGUGUAAUGAGUUUUAAUAGAUCAUAUCUGAUUGAUCGCAUACAUUAUCAGGAAAUCUUAUUUGUAGAAGUCCUCAGGUCAUGAUCUGAGGUCUCACUAAAUUCUGAUUAUUAAAAUGAGUUGAGAUGUCGUAUGUUUUUUGUAAAUUGGUAAAAAUGUGUUGACAUAUGGCAACUAUAUGCGAUUAUGGAAGUCAACUGAACUGGUUGGGGAUCAAGAAUGUACAGCUUUUGAUAUUUGUGUUUAUUUUCUGUCAUUUCAGACAUUUAGCA